AUGAGUCGGUGGCGUCGUUCAGUAGAUGAGCUGGCAGCACGGCGGCGGCAGCAAAGUGAAUGUGAGCGUGCUCAAGAGGUUCUUAGUCGGGUUACUUCCUGUUUCCAGCAGCUGGCAGCGUCACUCGGUAGCUCGGCUGACUGCAGCUUCCUGCGAGAUGAGAUGGACGAGACAAGAGCGCUCGCACAUCAAAUCUGCAGUGGUCUGUCCCGGCGUCUUGUGCGUCUUCUCUCAGACUGCGACUCAGCCUCCUCAGGUGUUGAGGACAGACAGGUGUCAGAACGUCUGUGGGUUCUCUUCCUGUCAGCAAUAGAGAACUUCCUGUCUGACCUCCGUAAGGCCUUGGAUCUGAUUGGGCAGUUUCCCCUGACGCAGCGCUACGAUAGACGAGCACUCAUCAACUCAGGGUGUACUGAUGGCGUGGUAGGUGUUGCUGCUCGGGUGGCUUCAGUCCAGGUACCAUGGCUCACUUUGGAAGAGGAGCCCAUCCCUGAGCUGGCCAAUCACAUUGUAGGACUAGAGAGCAUGCUCAGUGAGAUGCAGCUCAGGGUUCCUGUUGCAUUCUGGUCCGUGGAAGCAACCCAGCCAGCUUGGGCAGAAGUGAACUAUGGCAUCGACGAGCCGGACGACAGCCUGGAGGAGCUGAUGGAGGUCGAGGUCAUCUCUUACAACAAGAUGGUCACCUGCUGCCAGCCAACCUGCUGUGGGCUGGGCUGUGUUGCUUAA